CUUGAGAUCCUUGCCCAUUUCUCAACCUGGAAAUUCUUUGGUGUACCGUGGCUUUCGUUGGCCUCGACUGACUGCUCUUCAUCGAUUCUUUGGCCUUCUUCGCCAUCCGUUUGUGGGAGACUAUUAUUGAGUCUUCACUGUUCCCCCUGCCUGCGAUAGACGAUAAGCCUAGUCGACACCGCCCAAGUUUUCUCUACAAUCCAAAUAUACCUUCCUGUCCAUCAAAUCCACUAAACACAAGCCGCCAUGCCUGUCUCUGCUUCCAAGGCCGCUCGUAUGGCCAAGAAGGCCGAAAAGGGCGAAGGCAAGAAGACCGCCGCCUCAAAAUUGUCUUCCAAGAAUGCCUCAACGAACGGCUCCAAAGCCUCCUCAGUCGCUGGCGACGAUGACCCUCCUAUGCUUGACGAGGAUGAGCUCGACGUUCCCGCAACGAACGCCGCCCAGAUGGACAAGGUCAAGAAAUUGACCGAGCAAAUGGACAAGCACGGUCUUUCAGAUCGAGUCACAACCGGUGUUUUGGCCUCACAGGAAGCCAGUCGAGACGUCAAGAUCACUUCAGCCUCUUUGGUCUUCCACGGCAAGGUCCUUGUGCAGGAUUCCACCAUUGAAGUCAACUUUGGUCGACGAUACGGUUUGUUGGGUGAAAACGGCUGCGGCAAAUCCACGCUUCUGAAGGCUAUUGAUAAGCGGGAAUACCCCUUCCCGGAGCACGUCGAUAUCUAUCUACUGAACGAGGGUGCACCGGCCACUGAUAUGGGCGCCCUCGAAUAUGUCGUUACAGAGGCAGAAAAAGAGGUGAAGAGAUUGGAUGAUCUGGCCGAGGAGAUUCUCGAGAAAGAAGGCCCCGAAAGUCCUACAUUGAUGGAGAUCUACGAACGGUCCGAAGCCAUGGACCCCAACACAUUUGAAACCAGGGCUUCACUCAUCCUCACCGGCUUGGGGUUCAACAAGAAGACCAUUCACAAGAAGACGAAAGACAUGUCCGGUGGUUGGCGAAUGCGUGUGGCCCUUGGAAGAGCCCUGUUCGUCAAGCCCUCGUUGCUUCUGCUCGACGAUCCUACUGCCCAUCUCGAUCUCGAAGCUUGCGUGUGGCUCGAAGAAUACCUGAAGAAAUGGGACAAGACUUUGAUUCUGGUUUCCCACUCGAUGGAUUUCUUGAACGGUGUCUGCACCAACAUGAUCGAUAUGAGACACCAGCAGCUCAUCUACUAUGGUGGAAACUACGAUUCCUACAUCAAGACUCGAUCAGAAAAUGAGACCAAUCAGCAAAAGGCAUACCUCAAGCAACAAGAAGAAAUUGCCCAUAUCAAGAAGUUCAUUGCCUCGGCUGGUACAUACGCCAACCUGGUUCGACAAGCCAAAUCACGACAAAAGAUCUUGGACAAGAUGGAGGCUGAUGGUUUCAUCCAACCCGUCGCGCAAGACCGAGUCUUCAGUUUCCGAUUCGCCGAUGUCGAGAAGCUGCCCCCCCCAGUUUUGUCUUUCGACGAUGUCACAUUCAGCUAUUCUGGCAAGAAGGAAGACAACCUCUACGAACACCUCGAUUUGGGUGUUGACAUGGACAGCAGAAUGGCCCUUGUCGGACCCAAUGGCGUUGGUAAAUCCACCUUGCUGCGAAUCAUGACCGGCAAGCUUUCUCCGACUGGCGGUUCCGUCAGCAGACACACUCACUUGAAGCUCGGUCUUUACUCCCAGCAUUCGGCUGAUCAGCUCGACUUGACCAAAUCAGCCCUUGACUUCGUCCGAGACAAGUAUCCAGCCGUCUCGCAAGAUUACCAAUACUGGAGACAACAGCUCGGUCGAUACGGUUUGUCUGGUGAGUCCCAGACCGCUCUGAUGGGCACCUUGUCAGAAGGUCAAAGAUCUCGUGUGGUCUUUGCACUGUUGGCAAUUGAAGGCCCUAACAUGCUCCUGCUUGACGAACCGACCAACGGUCUUGAUAUUCCUACCAUCGACUCUCUAGCCGAUGCCAUCAAGGCUUUCUCUGGGGGUGUGGUUGUGGUUUCGCACGAUUUCCGACUGCUCGACAAGAUUGCCAAGGAUAUCAUGGUGUGUGAGAACAAGACUGUCCGACGAUGGGACGGCUCCAUUGGCGAGUACAAGAACUACCUCCGGAAGAAGAUGGUGUCUAUGGGCCAGGUGUAAAGCUGUCCAUAAUGUCAUUUGCUCUUGUUUGCUUUUGGCAUAUGACUGCCUGGCGAUACAUCUAGACUUGGGCCGGCUGGGAGUCUGAUGUUUUUUCUAAUGAGACGAAAUUGAUGACGCUGCAUUUUCAUUGUGUUUAUUCAAACAAAAAGAUAAACCAUGCGGCACUGCAGGCGUUGGGCAUAGACGGAAUUACUGUGCAGUAUGUGAAUGGACCGAUGAUAAGCCGGGCAUGUCACAUCCUUGAUGAGUCUCCGAUGAGUCUCCGGUUGGUUCUCGACCGGUUUCCCUGCGUCGAAGAGGAUCGAGCAGGGGCUCUCAAAAUGCCCCGGAGAAACCGGGUUAUCGAGGAACAGGCCGACUCGAAUGUCAGCGCAAGAUCAGGACGAGAAACGCUAUGAGACAGUGACAUGCGUCAUGCUUAUGCUCAUGAUAGGUGAAUAGAACAAAUCUCGGAAUGACAAAAUGACUAUGGUCGGUCGCCA